AUGCCUCGUCGUUCCGGUCACGCACAAUCUGAUGAAAAUCCACCACCGAGGCGUCAAAGCGCUCGGAUAGCCGCUGUGCAAGCUGCUUCCCCUGCUAAAUCGCCUGCCAAGUCGCCGAGGCGAAAGAAACAGUCAACAGAGGCCAACAAGGCUCAAUCAGAGGAUACGGAGUCCCAGCAGUCACAAAUAAAGAGUGAAAGUAGUGUUGAAGAGUUGAAUGGUCUUGAAACUAGUUCCUCAAAAGACCGUGAAUCUGUCGUGGAUAGUCAAGAAAUACCAACCAAGAAGGCCAAGGUUGAUGAAGAAAACGGUGGUAAGCUUGUUUUGUUCAAUACUAUCUUGGUAGAUGCCCCGAAAAACGAAGUUCCUGCACCGGAAGUCCCAGCGCCUGAACAUGAUAAGCCAUCAGCUAAGGAGGCUAUGGACUUUGAAGUAGUAGAGAAGAGUGACGUUCCUCCCCCGGACAGUGCCGAAGUUCGCGCUGCAGUUUCAGUGCAGGGUGAGGAUGGUCAACUUUUAGUUGGCUUUGUACAGGUGGACAAGGACGAUCUGCCUUCAGCUACCAGCGUCGAAGUAAAGCAACCGACUACCGAGGAACCAGAGACCCAAACAUCAAACAGUACAGCUGCCCCAAGCGUGACUGAAACUCCUGUUGAAAAUUCUGUCAACGGAGACAGCAAUCAUCAUCCGGAGCCGGCUCCAGCAGCCGAACCGGAAGUCCAAACAAAGGUCCCUGCAGCAGCGGCUGAUGUGGCCGCGCAGCCUGUCCUCGCUCCCGCCGCCGGUGAUGGCACCGCAGAUACUAUCGUAUCCGAUCCCGUACAACAGUAG